AUGCCGGCUGCCCGCCGUGUAGCCGACGGCGCUCGUUUCGUCCAAAACGUCAAGAAUCGCGCCGAUGCUACCCGGUUCGCACAGAACAUACGAAGUCCUCCGGUACCUGGUAAUGGCGAAACAGCGCAGCAAAGAGUGGCACGGUUACGUGAAGCUGCGAGACGGGAGCGGAUGAACCAGGUCACAACGUUUGAUAAGGUUGUACAUCAUGGACGACGGUGGGCGGAUAAUUUGCAUCGAGCGACGGUGUUUACUAUCAUGGGUUUCUCUGCUGUGACGGUGGGUAUUACGGUUUAUUCAGUUUAUGGAAUGAUUGGACAGGGUCGAUCGAAUCGGAGAGAAUAUAUGGCAGAAUUAGCAUCUGAACAAGAAAGGCAAUGGCAAAGCUGGCGGCAGUCUGAGAUCGAUGAAAUCGUAGCGACUGGGAUAGAACCCGAAGAAGCCGCCAGAUUAUUCGAUGAAUCCGAAGAGAAGCGACGGAAAUCCAAGACGGUAUGGGGACGUUUAAAGACCUGGGCGUACGGUGGGUUGACCCCUGCGGAGGAGACUUAUAUGUCACGAUACGAAUUACACGAUGGAAGGGUGCAAAAGCAGGUAUUCCAGAAGCUUCAAAAGGAGUUUUAUGAGAAGAGAGGGUUGGAACUACCGAAGAAGGAUGAGGAUGAAGAUGACGAGGAGUUGGCGACGAUUACCGGGGUUACGGCCAUUGCAGCUGCCGUAGAUGGUAUCGUACCUACGGUUCCCGCGAAGGAUGUGAAGGAGACAGCACAGGCGGUCAAGUCUGAAGGGAAGGGGUAUUGGGGCACUUUGAGAAGUCUAGUUUCCGGAGGGAGGGUGUGA